GCGAGGACGCGGGAUCCGGAGCAACACCGGAGGUUUCCCUCUCGUACUGCUGGCAUUAAAUUCUAGUCACGUCCAGCGAAAAAGGGCAGGAAUUAGAUGACCAUAGAGGUCCCUGCGAGGAGCCCCAGUCCUCUCACUUCGCCUACACGCCUCCCACUCGGCUUCCUAUAUUGUCUUCUUGUGUGUUUCAACGCGCUGAUCUGUUAAACUUAAAGACAGCAUGACAGGAGGACCGAAGGACGGCGAAACAGACGAGGAGUUUCUGCAUUCGCCGUUCAUCCGAAAACAAGGGAACAUAUACAAACCAAACAACAAAGACAUGGACAACGACAGUCUGAACGAGAAGACGAUGGAGGAUGUCCACACCAAAGAGAUCGACCUGGUCAACCGGGACCCAAAGAGCAUAAACGACGAUGUUGUCAAGGUAGACUUUGAGGACGUGAUAGCCGAGCCUGCAGGGACCUACAGCUUCGACGGCGUGUGGAAAGCCAGCUUCACCACCUUCACCGUCACCAAGUACUGGUGCUACCGGCUGCUGACGGCGCUGGUGGGAAUCCCCCUGGCACUGAUCUGGGGCAUCUUCUUCGCCAUCCUGUCCUUCCUGCACAUCUGGGCGGUGGUGCCGUGCGUCAAGAGCUACCUGAUCGAGAUCCACUGCGUCAGCCGCGUCUACUCCAUCUGCGUGCACACCUUCUGCGACCCGCUGUUCGAGGCCAUGGGCAAGUGCUUCAGCAGCAUCCGAAUCCGCCUGAGCAAGGAGGUGUAACAUCCGCAAUAAAGAGGAGGAGGAGGAGGAUUAACGGAAAGAGGGGAGGGAAGACGGGAGGGCUAGAGCAACACACACGGAGGGGAAAGUCAGAACAGAGAAGAAGAAGAAAUUUUAAAAAAGACCUCUGGAAAAUGAGAGGUGAGACUUUUCCAGAGGGGGCGUGGUCACAUCGUCACCUGACUCCGCCCCUUUCCACCAGCUGUUUUUCUCUCCAGUGUUACCAAACGGGUGGGCACAGGAAAUCAAAGGGUCGUUCUCCGGGGUUUCUGUCGUUGUUUUGUUUGUGUUUUAGUUUUUUUUUUUUUAUUACUCCUCACUGUUAAAUUUUGUCAAGCAACCAAGCAACCAAGCAACCGAGCUCCAUAUGUGUUUUCUGUUUAUUUUUGCCACACGAUGUAAAUUCCUUCCAUUCUUUAUCAUUUCUGUGGAGAGCUUAUCACUUUGAUUGAUCCAUGUGAAGAGGGGAUGUCAGGGUGCAUCACUGUCUUCUCUCGCGCUUAUUAUUAGUGUUUGUGUUUUUUUUGGAGCCGUUGGGUGGACGGGGGCAGGGUGGUCGGAAGGUCAGAGCGGAGACAAAGAGUGAACACUGCCAAUUUCUAUUUGACUCAGCGAAAACAAAACAAUCCCACGAGCUGAACAGCACAGAAACACCCCUCCAUCCCUCCCCCUGUGCCCCCCCUGACCUCCAACCCAGCCAAAACCAGCCACCGCCCCCCCAGCCCCCACCCCCCCUCCUCCGCCCGGCUUUCCAGCAGUCUGACACACUGAACCCGCCCUCGUUCCUGCAUGCACCUGCGUCGCCUUCGCCAGCAAACUCGCCGUCCGCCACCGCCACGCCCGCAGAACUCAUCUGCAUCUCAGCUUACUCACUCACUCCGUGCAUCAGCUUCUCCCUUUUACCUCCACCUCAAAACGAAAAACCUUCCAGUGCAGGUUUCAUCACUAUUAUCCUGAGUGUGUGACGGAGAAUGUUUCAUUUUUUUUUUGCAAAAAAAACUAUUCUUUCAGGCCCAUUUUUCAUCUUUCAGUGAAGCUAUUUUUUAAAUGCACAUCACCAUAAUACCAUAGUGAAUGCUUUUUUUUUUUUCUAUGAAUAUGAAGAACUUUGAGGGUUUAACUUCAAUGCCGUUGUUUUAAUAUCCUGUAUGUACUGUAUGGGUGUCGAUGCAUAAAAUGAGAAGCUAUGGCCUCAUUCCAGUGCACUAAUCUAUGGGAAAGUAUUGUUAGUGAAUAGCACUAAUGAAGAUCUCCUGUUUAUUUCUUUUUUGCAAAGGUAGUCGAGUACUAGCAGUUACUUUUGCACACUCUGCACUUCAGAUGUGCAGCCACAAGCUUGUGUGGAGAUUUUUCUGAAGCGCUGUGGUACUUACACAGGUUAAUGCAUUGGAAUUAAGAUAAUGUGAGAUGGAAUGUGUGAUUUUUUUUGGAUGCAUUUUUAUUUGUUAUCUGGUCAUAAUUUUGCACCAUCCCCUCCCUGUUUUAUCGUGUUCUUGAUUAUGAUUAUUUCCAAUAAUUUCCCCCUGACUAGUUUGUUCUGCUGCCCUGCUUCUCGACUGUGGACACGAUGAUGAAAAGCAUCAUACUGACGCCUCCCGCCCCAGAGAUGGGUGACGGGAGAGCUGGUUGGGUGGGGUUUCUGCAGUGGGGUGGGGUGGGAGGGUGGGAGGGUGGGGUAAUGUUUUAUUGAGACACUAAGCUCGCUUUGACUCCGUCACCUUCAGUCUACCUGCUGUCUUCUCACAGGGAUGGUAAUAUCAUAGCACCUGUUCCUUGAAUCGAGUGUUUUUAAGCUCAAAGGUGAUAUUUUUAUAAGAAAAUGUUUUUUCCUUCCUUGCUUUUACUGUACAAUAUCACGCUGUGCACAUUAAAAUUUAAUAUAAUCCA